CCGGGUUGGAUUUUCCAACGACUACACCACCAUGGAACUAUCGAAUUGACAUCUCGAGUUUUUGCUCUUUCACCCCAUUCUCCAUCCUCGGCGGCGUUGUUGUUGAUGGUGGCGAUGUUCUCAGUCAUGGUCUCGGUGCCUUACUUACUCAUCUAAUUAGCCUGAGUUUACUUUGCGCGCCUUCUCACGAUGGUUCCCUCAAUAAUUGCGCGGGCACUCAUUGCGGCUCUGUUCGUUGUCCGGGACGUCCGCGCUGCCGUUCCGUCCACCACCAGCAGCCAUGAGCGCUUUGCCGCGAUGGAAACAUCCCAUCCACAUGAGGGAUACUUGAUGCCGCGAGCCUUCUAUGCCAUACCGGGAUUUCCAAUGGAGAAGAGGCAGGUUGGAUGCCCUCAAGAUGAUAUGCAUCCAUGCGGCGAGCUGGGGCCUCCAGGAGAACGAUUCUGUUGUCCGAAUAAUCAAUACUGCAUCAUCAAUAGCACCAACCCCUUCGAAGCCGCCUGCUGCCGCAUCGGCUCGACCUGUGACUCCCCCUGCGCAGCAGACAAAUACCAAUGCCUCGUCACCGUCACCCGCACCAGCUCCAACACCCCCGUAACCACCACCUCCUCCGCCUGCUGCCCCCGCCGCUGCCCUCAAAUCUCCUACUACGGCUGCCCCCUAGACUUUGGCGGCGCCUGCUGCCGCCACGGCCAAACCUGCGGCACUUCUUCCCUAUGCCUCAACACCAUUGCCCCCUCCACCCCCCCUUUACUAACCCCCGUCCCAUCAGGCUGCACCCAAGGGCAAAUAACCUGCGCCAGCAGUCUAGGAGGCGGCUGCUGCCCCAACACCCUCGCCUGUUCCCAGUCUGACGGCUCCCCGGUGUGUGCCAUGACGACCGUCAUCCCGACAGGAAGCGACAUCUCUUCCAUCGACCGCAACGAGGCAAACGUCUCGAACGACCUCUCCGUCGGCGCCAAAGCCGGCAUAGCGGUAGGCGUCGUCAUUGCAGCCGGAAUCUUAAUAGGUGCAGCAACAUGGUACUGGCACCGCAGACGCAAAGGCCGCACCCAAGCUGGGACUGCGACUUCCGCUUCUGGAGUUCCCCGAUUCAUUGGCGGGACGGAAGACGGCCGGGGAGGACCAGCCGCGUCGGAGGUGCAGAGCGGACGGGUACCGUUUGGGACGCAGGAGUACACCGGUCCUGAGGCGCGGCCAGGGCCGUAUUCUGAUCCGUCGCCGCCGGAUAAUCUUGGGGGUUAUUACCCCAACGGUGGUGGUGGUGGGUAUGUUGGGAGUCCUAAUCCUCAGUCAACGAGCACGACACCGGGGGUUGACCAGCAGGCUUACUUUCCGAAUAUGAUGUCACCUAUUCCGGCGCCGUCGGCGAAUUUUACGGGGCAGGGGGUGCCGGUUAUGCCUAAUGAUCCCGGGGAGAUACAGCGGCCUGUGGAGAUUGCCGAGGGGGGUGUUAGGAGGCAGGCGACGACGGCUACGGGGGGGACGGGGAUGGGGAGUGUGAGUGGGGUUACGGAGAGUGAUGUUGGGCAAGCGGGGGGAGUUCAGAGGAGUGAUAGUGCGAGGUUUGAGCUUUAUGGGAGUGAUCCUGGGCAGUUGAGCCCGAUGAGUCUGGCGGAUGAGAGAUUUUAUACUCCUGAUGAGAGGCCACAGGGCCAGGGUGGUGAGGGACAGCAAGGGGGACAAGGUGGGAGGAGUUGGUUGCAGGGGGGUUAUGGAAGGUGAGUAACAUGAAAGGGUAUUUAUAAUCUCAUGUUGGAUGUAGUUGAAUGGGAUUGUGUUUUUUGUCUUUUACUGCCUAGCUGGCGUUU